AGCCUGACCCAGGGAUGUCCUAUGGCAUAAUGGAGAUUGCCAUCAUUGCAGCUGUGAUCACUGCAGUGGCCUUGGUCCUGGUCUGCCUCCUCUUUCUCAUGCUUCGGUACCUGUACAGGCACAAGGGCACCUACCACACCAAUGAGGCCAAAGGCACAGAGUUUGCUGAAAGUGCUGAUGCAGCCCUGCAAAGUGACCCUGCCCUCCAGGACGCUGGGGACAACAGCAAGAAGGAAUACUUCAUCUGAGGGGUAGCAGACUCCACCUCCCUUCAAGAUGUUUCUGGCUACAGGAGAGAAAGCACACCCACUAUGUACCACCAUUAUCAGCACCAGGAAGCCCUCAAGGGCACCCCAAGACUCUUACUGCAGAACACUGGGUGCCUGCCAGGAAACUGAUCCAGAUGGAAGGAAUCAAGGUGUAGAGCACCUCUUCCAGGGACUCAAUGGCCACCCAGAGGCUGGCAUUGGCUCUACAAGAAAUAGAGAAUAUCUGGAUACACAGGUCUCCCUGCACAAUGCAGGCCUCAUCUCACUAGUACAAAAGUUCUCCUCAUUGUGCAUGGGUGGUUGGGCCUGGAAGUGGGGCUGUAUAGAAGUGUGACAUCUAUAAGCUGACUGGGGAUACUGGCAUCAGAUGGCAGUCCUUGACAUUUGGGGAGAACAGCAGGUGCCAGAGCUAAAAGGCAUCUUCCUUUCCCAUCAAUCCAGCUCAAAAUGAUAACAAAUAAAUCUGAAGUGUAACUGAGCAUUCAUUAUCAAAUGGCACUACUCUAAGUGUCUAGGAAACAGUGAAUGCCACCCAUUGCUGACUUUUCUUAUGUAUAACAUUGUGUCUGUGUGCAUGGGGCAAGAAUUGGCCAGUUCUGGCAAGAAGACAGGAGGAAGAAUGACCUUUCCCCUCACUGGUCCAGCUAUAUAAAACAAAUGGAAGGAUGAAGCACAGUCAUUGGGCCACUGGCUGAAGCACUGAUUUCUUGAUAAAUAGUAUUAGAAAAAGAGACUUGUGCUCAAUAGCCAUGAGUGAACUCCAUCAGCCCCGGGUUUGGGUCUUAGCUCCUUUGUACUGCUCUUAGGACCUUAAGCCAUGCAGUUGACUUCUCUGGCCUUAAUGGUGGCAUUUUUUGACAUUUUUUCAAGUAGAAAUGAUGCUAAUUGUGUGACCCCUGGUUCCUAAUUCCCAGCAUUGUGGGAAGAAACAGAAGUAUCAGAUACUAGGCCAUCACCAUAGUCUAGUGUCGCUAGCACAGUGCCUUUAUGGGCUUGCCUGUGUUGGCUAAUGAGAAUUCAUCAUUACACCACCUCAAAACAUUCUGAGAAGCCACUUAUUUGAAAUGGAUAACAGGGAGAAAAUGAACUAAUUAACCAACCCCUUCAAGGUGAAAUUGCCAGUGGCUCUGCAGUUUACUCUGAGGCCAGCAUUGCUUAGUUUAAAGACUGCCCCCUCCUGUACCUAGGUCCUCUCAGGAGCCCUCUCAGCUGUGCUGUCUCCACCUAGAAUCCAUUAAAAAAAAAAGAGACCCAUAUCAUGUUCCCCUGUAAGCUAAUGAGAAUAUAAGCUCAGUCAAGUAUGGCCACCAGCCAAAGGAGCUGAAGUCCUGGGAAUGCUGUGGGGAAGAGAAGCAGGGAUUUAAUCAGAACAAGAGAACAGUCAAGUGACAGAUGGCCCCAGAUUGGUGAAUGUCUGUGUUCUCAUCUAUGAAGUAAAUGGCUGGCUACAGUUGUCACCCAUUCAUUCAUUUAGAGAGGCCUAGUCUAAAACCCUAGUGGAUGCUUGAAACCAAAGGCAGUAUUAAACCCCUUGUAUUUGGCUUUUCUGCACACACUUAUGUUAAGAUUUAAUUUAUAAAUUAGACACAGUAAGAAAUUAACUGCAGUAACUCACAGUAAAAUGGCAUACUUUUAAGCAUAAGCUGUAAUAAAAGAUUUUUGAAACCAUGAA